AUGGAGUAUGAUGAGGUGGCUGUGUCGUCCCGGCAACCAACGGGACCGGGGGCGGUAGAACCUCCCUGCGAGGACUUCAACAGCCUGACGCUCGACGCACUGCUGACGCACGCGAACUGGAAGGCGCGGAAAGAGGGGUUCGAGCGGGUGCGCGACGACCCGAAGAAUCUUAAGGUGCACCUGUUGGAAAAGCCAAAGAAGCUUCUCGGCGAAUCCAACGCAGCGGCGCAGGAGGCCCUCUUUGAGGCGUUUGGGGCAUUGGUGAAUUGCUGUGAUGACGAUGAGCUGGAUGUGCUUGCUGGGCUUCCUCUCAAAGCGGUGUUGGAGAAGGGCAUCGUUGGUCGCCCAAAGGCAGUGCAGGUGAGUUUCGCAUUCGUUUCUGAUCUCGUGGGGGCCGCCAAGCAAACGGCGGUGUUCGACGCGUUGCUCCCCGUGUUUUCUCACAAGGCGCCAAAGAGCCGGAUGGCCGCCACCCAGCUAUGCAGUCAGCUUGUGGGAGAAUACGGUGUACAAGGGAUCCCCGCAAAGGCAAUCCUCAAGGCAAUGCAACCGCUUUUUAACGACGCCAAUGCCCAAGUGCGAAAAGAAGCCGCUGGGCUUUGCUGUCAGUGUUAUAGGUAUAUUGGCACAGGUAUCAAGGGUUUUCUCACAGAUCUUCGCGAGGUGCAGCUGCAGGAAUUAGAAAAAAUGUUUGAAGACAUUGUAGUUGGUGAAGUGCCUCCAAAGACGAUACGUGGUCAGGCCCCCUCCACACCAAUAAAGACAACUGCCCCCUUGCAUUUGGUGAGCCAUGGCGGCCCCUCAAAUGAUAUCGAUGAUACGGCAUAUGAGCUGUAUGAUGAAGCACCCGUGCUGACGAAGCUACCACGCAAUUUUUACAGAGUUGCCCUCGACAAAACUGCUAAAUGGCAAGACCGGGUUGCGAUGGUGCAGGACAAUCUCCUUCCUCUCAUCGCCGCACCUAAAAUACGACUGAAGGACGACUACCAUGAGCUCACGAGCAUGGUUCGAGAACUCCUUAUAGACCCACAAGCGCCACUGAUGCUGAUGGGAUUUAAGUGCAUUCAGGAGCUGGCAAGGGCCUUGCGAACAACAUUUGCCCCGCAUGCGCGUGCCUUCCUGACUCCCUUAUUCGACAAGAUGAAGGAUAAGAAGACAAGUGUGGUGGAGCAUAUCACAACGACGCUUGAAGCACUCAUACGGUACAAGUGCAUCACAUUGGACCAGUGCCAAGAUGAGAUUGAGGUCACCAUGCAAAGUCGCGUCCCUAAUCAGCGACUGGCGUUGACACAGUGGCUCUCUCGCCUCAUAGAUAAACUCGACUGCAGUCACUUUCACCGUCUGAGCCGUGCGCACCAAAUGUUGGGUCGCCUUUUGAAUGAUGAGAAAGUUGAGAUUCGAGAAGCGAGCUACACUCUUGUGGCAAAGCUGAUGUCCCUUGUAGGAGAUGCAAGUUUUCAGCCACUACUUCUCUCACUUGAUGAGAAGCAGCGUGCCAGACUAGUUGUAGCUGUAAACAGUGCAGCAAAUCUCCAGUGUACCCCUACCUGUUCCCCAGCCAAGAAAACGCAGCGCAUCGAACGGCGGGAAGGCUCUGCUUCGGCAAAGCCAAGAAGUCUUUCGAUUGGUGUGAUGAACAGCAGUGGUGCGCCCAAUGGAAAUACGGUGCGUGGGCAGAGACCCGCCUCCGCCAUGCCGCGUCGCUCGUCUCCUGACAUGCGCAAGCGGUCCUCGACAGACGAUGCAGUGGCACUCGAAUCAACUCUUCUAUCCAAGGACGAGGCAUUGAAGCGCAUGUUGGGACUGAUGAAUGGUGAUACAACAGUACUUCCUCUACUGCGCUCAAAGGAGUGGUCCAAUCGCUACAAUGGUAUCAUGAAGAUUCGAGCCGUGGUAGAUGAAUGGUCUGAAAAUAAGUGUACCCAAUAUUUGGACACUAUAGUUGUGUAUCUGCGUGUAGACCCGGGAUGGCGGGAAUCUAUUUUCCAAGUGUUUCAAGCGAUGCUUGGUGUGAUUCAAGAAGUGGUGACACGCGCGACAGCUGUAAGUGCCGGAGCGGGAAACGCCAUCAUAGCCGGUUGCAUCUUUCGGCUUACAGAGCCAAAGAACAAACCUGUAGUUCGUGAUUUGCUUACAUGCCUCGCGAAGAGUUUGGGUGUUGCGUUUGUACUGCGGCACAUGAUUGCCGAAGUUGUACCCGUGAAAACGCCCAGGCUCUUGCAAGAAUGUAACGAAUUCAUGACCCAACUUCUUCAAUCAUUUCAAGCACCUCGUAUAGAUGCGAAAAAUGUCGUUGAUUAUGUGAAAAUGCAUUGUCUAGAUCAACCGUCCCCCGCGGUGCGAUCAUCUGGGGUAGCGCUACUAGUGGGUCUACGCCUAUCCGUAGGACCCAUCGUGGACAGCUACAUCGGCAAUGUCAGCGCUGUCGUGCGUAACACAUAUGAUGAGGGUAUUUCUAACAGCAAUGUUGAGGGAGGGACAUCUCGCCGCGCAAGUGGUCUUGAGAUACAGCGAACGAAUUCCCCUAUCUCUUCCUCCCGGGUGCAGGCUAGAUCCCCAGCGAGAGGAACUACUAAACAGAAUAUAAUAACAGCUUCAGCUGCAGCUACACCGCUUCCCAAUACCGAAAUACAGAUGACUGGUUCGCGACGGUUCUCUAAUAAUCCACAAUAUUCCAAUGAGAAUGAGGAGGAUUCCGGGCGUACUGACGUUUCACAGCAGCUAUUAUUUCUAGCAAAGCAAAUUAUGGGUGAAGCAGAUUGGCGGGUGCGUCUGAAUGCAAUAAAGAAGGUAGAAGAACUGAUGCUCGGCAGUAACAAGUUUAUUACACAGAACGGGGUGGUAGAAAUACUACGAGCCCUUCGUACUCGUUUCGAUGAAUCCAACAAGAACUUUGUGAUUGAUGUGCUAAGGACUACUGCCUUGGUAAUGGAAUCCGCUGGACCGGCGGCGUGUCGCCCUGAACUCAAGAAUAUCCUUCAAGGUGUGUUGGGAAUGCUGGGUGAUCAGAAGGCAAACCUGCGCGAGGAGGCCACCAAAGUAGCGUAUUUGUCAUUGGAGUACCUUGGGCUAGAUGCCGUUCUUCAGUACAUGCUGAAGCCUCUCACAGCAGAAUCACCCACGUGUAAUCAAACAGCACUAGAACUCAUUGAGCGGGGCUUUAAACUGGAUCCAGAGGCAUCGGUGUCACGCCCGGUGGUCGCGUUAAUGGUGCCCUCAGUCGUUCGGUUGUGUAUGAACCGCAUCCUCGAGGUGCGCUCUGCGGCUGAGCGCGUCAUUGGCUACUUCAUCCCCAUUGUUGGCGACGAGGCGGUGUUGCGGGCUGUUCAGAGCCUCCGUCCUGCGGAGCAGCAGAGUGUCAUGACGUCCAUUGAGCGGCAACUGCAGCUGUACCUCCGUGUUGCAAAUGAAGAAGAAGUGCGACACACAGCAGCUCUGCCAGCUCUGACAUCGUCGCGUUGCCUCUCAGGCUCCACACCGCGUUCGCCACACACAGCAAGCAGGGACAUGAGUGUCAGUCACAGAAGCACUGACCAACUGGCUGUGCCAGCACAAGGGUCAUCAUCAUCAUUCAAUACAGGAGUGCGGCAGUCGUUUGCGCAGGAACCACCAAGGUCGGUGCCGACGACUAUUUCAGCCACACGCGCUGCUCGGCCCAACACACGCAGUGAUGAAUUCUUGUCUAUUCAAGAGAUCAUGGUGGGUCUGCGUUCUGCCUCUUCUUCGACGGCGUGUAGUACCUGCGCUGAGUUCAUGGAGCGUCUCCAAAGCGGUGAGGAUUGUGGGACACCAGAGAUGAUUCAGGUUAUGGUGGAGCGUCUCUACGAGAAUGCUAAAAACCUUGAUGUUGGUCUUGCUCUUAGCCUUAUCAGUUGCCUAAAGGCAAUUUUCGAGACGCCUCGCUGCUCUCAACGGUGCCACAGUAGCCUAUUAUAUCGGAUGUUAGGCAUCAUAUUUGACUGCCUUCUGUCAGAGCCGUUCUCGCUGCAGGAAGGGGUCAUCAAGGCCCUCAACAACAUGACACUGAGGCUUUUGGAGGGUUGUCCCGGUAAUGAUGUGUUCAGUGCUUUGAUGUCCCGUAUGACAAGGUACUCGGCAACGUACAGCGAGAGUGGUAAAAAGACAGAUUUUAAAUACAUUCAGGUCACAGUGAAAUGUCUGAUGCGGUUGGACUUUGAUAGCGUUUCGCCAGAUAAUGUAGUUCUCUGCUGUCAUGAAUACCUGCUGCAGCAUCCACCUAGUGCAUUCCGUAACUUGGAUGACCUUUCUAUCCGUACGGUCAAGACAAUCUUGCAGGACCUCUCGCGUCGAUGUGGACCACCGCUGCUUACCGUCGCUGAUCGCCUAGUAGGAACGCAAAAUCUAGUGACACAUUUCAUUCGUGCCUGCCUGGAGACUCGCGAGCGGGCAGUUCGGGCGAAUAAUACGAAUGAUCAGCAGGUGUCAACAGGGGCAAUUGUUAGGGAACAGCAGUCCAUCUCGCCUGGGCAACAGGGGAAUGCCCUUCGCCCUCGUGCUAUUUACGUGGAUCCGCAGGCUGUACCAACGACGUCUGGUAUUGCUCCUACACCACAGCGUGCCCACGCCGCUGUCGUAGAGGAGAAGUCCGUUGCCACUAUAUUUGGCCGCAUCCGCAAUCACGUGACAUCAAACGAAGGCAUUGAAGAACUAUACGCGUACCUGAAGCACCACUCGAGAAGCCCGGAGUUUGACCAGCAGUUUCAACGAUGCUCCGAGGCUUUCCGCUCAUAUAUCAAACGGAAGAUGGAACGGCAGAUGAUCGAGGAUCCCGCAAAGCCACCGGGGUUUGCGCUCCCUGAUAUUUUGCGCUCGGUGCCGUAG